AGUCGUUUUUAGUAAUUCAACGAUAUAACUUAACACUUCAUUAACUAGAAAUUAUUGAAGUACUCUAGAAUUUAAUUUAAUUUAUUAUUUGAAAAGGAAGUGAAAAUCGUCAAAAUAAAUUUAAGACAUAAUUUUACAAUACAUCUAUAACGUGAACUUGUGGAGUUAAACUUGAAGAUAAUUUUGUUGUAGAGGAUAAAACAAUGGAAAACUAUAGAUAUUCGAUAUUUUUUAUAUUCCUUGCAAUCAUAAGUAUCGUGAUUGGCCAAAAAUUUGUAGAACAAAGAAAAAAACUUAGAUUUCGUCCACCGAGCGAAUGGUUUGAAAAUAUGCAGCCAUCAAUGGAGCAGUCUCCAAAUUAUUUUGAGCAAAGUGAUCAACCAGCACCUGACAUUCAAUUCCAAGAUGUGUAUGUAGAUGACUUUGAAGCUGAAACGGAUCCUCAGAAUGGUGGCUUGAAAGUUGUUCGUCACCCUAGCAUGGAGGUAGCGCAUUUUCAAUCACUUUGCCCAACAAGAAAAACUGAUGUAUUCUUAGACAAUGACUCUGAAUAUGAAUACCGACCAUCCUCUUACGAAGAAGCUCAUAUCCAUAUGGAAGAAGUGAAUUUAUGCAUCAACGCAAUAAAUUGCAUUCAACGCAAUAGAACCAUAUUUUUAACCCGACGUGCUUUUGGAACCGAUUGCUGGAAAGUAGAAACAAGAGUCAUUCCAUUUGGUUGUGAAUGCAUGUGGCCAAAGCAUCAUAAAGGUGAAAUCUUAAUCCAUCACUAAAAUACCAAAAGAAGAAAAGUGACAAAAAAAGGAUAUCAGACUCCAUUAGUUUUUCCAUCUCCAAAAUUAUUCUAGUCAAUUGUAUUGAUAAAUAUAAAUGUUCAUAUUUUUGUUUAUGUGUUAUGUCAAACAUUUAAUGAGAAAAAUAAAACAAAGAUCAUAUGUAACUUUGAUCAUAAAAAUAAAAGCG